AUGAACGAUUACGAUUUGAUGCGGGAGGAUAGCGAAGCUGUUGCAGAGCUAGCUGUAUGGCCAGGAAAAAUUGACCCCGCCAGCAAGAUCCUUCCCAAGGUGAAAGCUGCGUUAACACGAGCAUUGAACAAAGAACAUCGUAUGCUGCCAUAUGCUACUGAUGACAUGUCAAAAGGUCGCAGGAGAGGUGCCCAGCAAGAGUACGGUCAGUCCAUAGAAAUAGAGAUUGACGAAGAAGGAAACAUAAUUGAAAAGCUUGAUGAGGACGAAAGUGAUUUCGAAGACGACAGUGAUGAUCAAGAUUAUAAGCCAGGCGGGAAAUCGAAAAUGAAGGCAAAGCCAACUCCGAGUGCACCAAGAGGUCGAGGAAGAGGUGCUGCUGCUGCUGUAUCGUCUCGAGGAGGCAUAAGAAGAGGUCGAGGCAAAUAG